AUGCCAACACAACGCCCUGCACGCGCUGCUCUCUUCUCUGUGCGUCCUGCUACAUACCCUGCCCUUCUCCCUCUGCUGUGUUCUCUGCUCUAUACCCCGCCCGUUGUGCUCCUCCCCCGAUGUCUAGCGUCAUGGCAGAGAGAUGAUGGGGGGGAGGCGGACGCACAGAAGGGACGAAAAGGAAGAAGUGGGGAAUGUGGAGAGACGGAGAGGGAGGAGGAGGAGGAGGAGGAGGAGGAGGAGGAGGAGGAGGAGGAGGAGGAGGAGGAGGAGGAGGAGGAGGAGGAGGUGGUGGAGGAGGAGGAGGAGGAGGAGGAGGAGGAGGAGGAGGGGGAGAAGGAGGAGGAAGGGGAAAAUGAGAGGAGUGCAGAGGCCCUGGCGGUGCUCCGCCGGGAAUACUCCCGUAUUCUCAGAAAGGACAACUCGUGCCGCCCGCAGCAGUCUCAGCUGGAUGGCAGGCGGUGUCAUCUAGCGGCUGUGAUGGCAUGGGUGGGGAUGGCGCUCGCUGUAAAGGCAAGGGGCGGGGAGAAUGGCGAUGCAGCAGAGGAAGCGAUGGUGGAAGCAAAGGGAGAUGUGCCUGAACAAUGGAUGCAUGCAGAAGCAUGUGGCAAGGGAGUUUGUGUGCCUGAAGCGAGUGUGGCUGAAGCGAACACGGGUGCAGACGCAUGCAGCAGGCGGGCAGAGCAGCUGCUGGGCAUCACAUCGAGCUCAUGGCCUGCCUUCCUGUCCACUGUAUGGGAGAAGCGCCCCUUCCUCUUCAGAGCGCGUGGGGGAAAAAGGGGCGUAGAAGAUCAGUCACUCCCUCAUCAGCAGUCUUCUCUCAUACCAAAGGAAAACCCUUCCCGUCCCUCACGCCAUCACUUUGUGAGGCGCAUGGAAAAUGGCCGACUCUCUCUCACAAGUCAGGGCCCUUCCCUCGCAGCUCUAAUCCACGCCAUUCCGCACCUCGGAACUGCCUAUGGGCUCCUGGAUUCUUUUCUACCCGGGGCAGCGUACUGCCCAGGAAUGAGCGCGGGUGAAGCCGACCCGUUUGCUGCUCUGAGGGACAUGGCCGUGGCAGGCGAGCUUGGGCGGCCUCUCUUGUCCUCACCUGACGUGUCCUUUGUUUGUUCGCAGCCGUCUGCUGUGGGGGGAUCUGCAUGUCAUCACCAUGCUUCAGAGACUGCAGCAGAGGAUGAAGUAGCAGAAGAGGGGGAAGCAGCAGCAGAGGGACGACGAGCGUGCAAGCGCAGGCGUGUCACUGCAACCACCCUGCCGUCCGCAUCCCUGCUGUGUUUAGCCCAACCAGCUUCAGCCCUGGCAUCAUCUAUCUCCCCAGCGUCAACGCACCAGCACACCUCGCCAACCGUACCGAGCCUGUCAACCAACUCAGCCCCACCAUACCGCCCAACCCUCCCAGCCUACCCACCAUCGAACCCCUUCCAUACAGCCUUCUCUCAGGACAGCACCAUCGCUCUCCGCAGUGUCAACUGCCGCUCGCCUGCUGUGGCGUCCCUCGCACACGCCAUCGCUGCCGCCCUCUCCCUGCCAGCUGUCGGGGUCAACCUAUACCUCACGCCGGGCGGCGGGCGGCAGGGCUUGUCUCAACACUGGGACGACCACUGUGUGCUGGUGUGCCAGGUGAGCGGGCGCAAGCGGUGGCGGGUGUUCCGCCCCACGCCAGGGAACGAGCUGCCCCGCCUCUUCUCCGUGCCUGGCCUUGAAUCAGCCCAUGCUGCGCUUGAAUCAACCGGCACAGGCGCACGCACAGCAGGAAGAGAAUCGGAUUCCAAUACAGCGGCUGAUGAAGCUAGAGGGGGGAACGCUGUGGCAGAGCGUGGCGGUGGUGCGAGCGACCAAUGUGGAGUGCAGGAGGGAGGAAAAUCAGGCCUGGAAGCUCAUGAGAACGUCGCAAAGCAAUGUGCAAUGCGUGAGGGAGAAAGAAAACCAGCCCAAGCAGGUGGCGCUGAUGCUGGUGGGGAGGGGGCGCAUUGUGAGGCGCCUCAAGACAAGCAGGGGGAGGAGGAGGAGGAGGAGGAGGGGGGGUGGGUUCCAAUAGGGCGGCAAUUUAAACUGAGACAAGGAGAUGUGCUUUACAUCCCCAGAGGGUACCCCCAUGAGGCUUGCACUCCCUGUGAGGCCACCUCAGUCACUCCACUGGGAGGGUUUCUUCCAUGCAGGGCUGCGAUGCUGGUCACACUCCCUCCCUCCCUCCUCAACGCAAGCUUUUGA